AUGCUCGCCACCCUGCAGCGGGCGCUGGCUGGAGCGCGCUCCCCCGCGCUUGCGAGCGCAACACGAUGGAGCGGGGCCCGCGGCGCCCAUGUUGAUCUAUCGAAGAAGCCCGUCGACGCCGAGGACGGCUGGAACUUCGCCGCAAGGUACACGGGCUACUGGAGCGAGGUUCCGUACAUGGCGAAGUUCCUCGGCCUCGCAGGACUCAUCCCGUUUGCCGCGCUCGGCGACGGCAUCCUGCAGCGCAUCCCCUUCGUGCCGCAGCUGGCGAUCGACCGCCGCCACGAGCUGCAGAUGGGCUACGCGAUGUCGAUUGCGUCGUUCGUCGGCGCCAUGCACUGGGGCUUCGCGUUCUCGAACUUCGGCGGCGCCGCGGUCAGCGCGCGGCUCGCCAACGUGCGGCUGUGGGGCGGCAUCCUGCCGUCCGUGGUGUGCCUGCCGAGCUUCGCGCUGCACCCGCAGGCCGCGGGCCUGCCCGUCGUCACGACGCUGCUCUUCCAGCUCGCCAUGGACGACAUGCUCUGGCAGCGCCGCGCCGUGCCUCGGUGGUACCUCUCGCUGCGCGCGCCGCUGGUGCUCGGGGCGUGCAUCUCGAUGCUCAACCUGGUGGCGCACGCGGAGGCCAAGGAGCGGCGACGGGCGAGCGGAGAGGCGGCGCAACCGCGGAUGUCGUCGAUUCGGCUGCUGAUGGGCGCGGGCGGGGGCGGGGAGGGCGCGCAGGCGCCCGGCGGCGAUGCGGCGCGCAGGGAGGCAACGACGGAGAGCGACGGGGACCCCGGGGGGAGUAAACCUGACAUGGACACGAUGCGGGACGCGCUGCGGCAGUCGAAGGAGAGCAGCGGGAAGCGCAACGGCUGGUCGGGCAGCUAG